GAAUCCGCGCGGGGCGGGCUGCACUGCGCAUGAGCAGGACGGCUGCUUGGUGUCCCUGCGGCGGUGUUAAAGCGCCUGCGUUCAGGACAGACGCCGCAUGCGGCUCGUUGCCGGAAUCCCACAAAAGUUGGUGCUCGUCGACGUUGGCGGGCCGUGAACGCAUCACCCUCCCGGUUUUAAGAGGAGUUUCGGUCCCGGAGGGAAACGUCCACCGGAGCGGAACGGAAGUCCGCGGAGAGGCCGGGACAGUCGGCGUCCGGUUUGCAGGUCGCAUGCGGAUCCGGACUUGACGCAUGGCAGCUGCAUGACUGCGCAGAGUCUGCAGGGAGCGAGCACGCGCAGCCGCAGCCAUGGCUCAGGCCGCGCAGGUGAAAGGCAGCAGCCCAGGAACGGUCGGCGGCGGCGAGGAAAAGGACUCCUACUAUGUGGAAACUCCUUAUGGUUAUCAGCUGGACCUUGACUUCCUCAAAUAUGUGGAGGACAUCGAAAGGGGCAACACCAUCAAGAAGCUGAGUAUCCAGAGGAAGCCCAAAGUGGCCAGAACGCCCCCAGCCCCCCGGGCCAGCGCCCAGGCGGAAUGGACCUCCACUGACUCCCUGUCCUCCUCCAACAGCGAUGACAAGCAGUCCCCGAUUCCCUUCCCUCCCAGGCCGCAGGACGCCGCCCCUCUGACCUGUGAAGCUCCUGUCCAGCAGCUCCCAUCAGGUGCCACAGAGCAGAGGCUCCUCCCACCCCCUUCGCCCAGGUUUGCUCCUCGCCACAACCCCCAGGUGGAGAAGACCCUCAUGGAAACUCGCCGUCGUUUGGAGCAGGAGCGUCUGCUCCUGCAGCCGCACACGGAGGUUCUGAUGCCCCGCCGCCGCCUCGCCAGCUUUGGCGGCGUGGGCUCCAGCAGCUCGCUGUCGUCGUAUUCGGGCUCGGUCGGUCCCAGUCAGGUUUCCCCCAGCGCCCACCACCCUCUGCCCACCAACGGACACCUGCCCAACGGGGACUACGGCACCUACUUCCCGCCGUCUGUGGGCAGCUCCAUCCGCCACAGCCCCCUGAGCUCUGGUGUGGCCACGCCCAUCACCAACGUCAGCCCGUUACACCUGCAGCAGAUCCGGGAGCAGAUGGUCGUGGCCCUGAGGAGGCUGAAGGAGCUGGAGGAGCAGGUGAAGACCAUCCCCGUCCUGCAGGUGAAGAUCGCCGUUCUGCAGGAGGAGAAGCGCCAGCUGGCGGCUCAGUCCAAAAGUCCCGGUCCCGCUGGCUUCCGCAAGCGCUCCUUCAGCGUGGGCAGUGCCGCUCAGAUGGAGAACCCCGCCGCCUACAAGGAGGCGGAGCUGCACAUCAUGGAGCCCGAAGCCCAGGAGCAGAGUGCUCAGCAGCUGGAGGAGCUGAGGCGUCUGACCGCUGAGGUCCAAGCUCUGGAGAAGACCACCAAGAACAACCGCUGGACUGACGGCACGCCCCCUCGCAGCCAGCAGGGGGCUGUGGGAGUGGCUACAGAUAAAAGCGCCAAAGACCUGCCUGACACACCUCAGUCGACUUUUCGGGAUGUGGGGGUGUCGACAGAGCGGCUGCAGACGCAGAGUCUGUCCGUCGGGGUGACCGAGGCCAUGCUGGGCGUGACCAGCGAGGCGGAGAAGGAGAUCGAGCUCCAGCAGCAAACCAUCGACGCGCUGAAAGACAAGAUCUACCGUCUGGAGGUGCAGCUGAAGGAGACCACCCACCAGACGGAGAUGGCCAAGCUGAAGCUGGAGCUCCAAGCCGCCGGAGGCUCCACCAAGAAGAGAGCCGACAAAGGCUUGAUGGUCCGGCCGGAGGUGUACAGCGUCAGCGUGGAGGCCAAAGUCCAGCUGCACAGCCGAGGAGUGGGAGGCGACCUGGAGCCCGCCAGAGAUCCAGAUCCCCGAGCUGUGGGCGGGGCCUGUCUGCCCAGCAUGCAGACGGUUUCUGCAGGUCCGGAGACCCCCAUGGACCAGUGGGUGGUGCGUCGACGGCCACCGGUCCAUGACAAGUGCGUAGGGAGGGAGGUGGAGACCUGCCACCAGCUGGUGGGGGCGGAGCAAAGUGUCUGUGAGGUGGGAGUGAACACAGAGGCGGACCCAGGGGGCAGAACUUGGGCGGAGUCCCGCUCCGUGGGCUGUGGGGACGGUUCAGUGGAGGUUCCUGCGAAGACGUUUGUGUCGCGAGGAACUGAGGCCGAUGCCGUCAGGAGGACGGACUCCGCCGUCAUGGCCGCCCCGCUGUCAGCGACUCAGCAGACCAACACAGAGACCCAGGUGGCCGCCAAGUCCACCAACACCAACACGCCGGCUCUGACGGACUCCUCCACGCACAUGCACCUGUCCACCUGCAACAGACACACCAACACCCCCCCGACCGAGACCAGGACUGUAGCUGUGGGGGAGGGACUCGUCAAAGACGCUCUCAGCGGCGCCAAAAUGCGCUCAGUCGCCGUGGGAACCAUCACAGACGCUCCGGCAAAACCCGCCUCUGCUAAAACCAAAGAGUGUGGGGUGGGGCCGCUGAGCGUCAGGGACAACUUCCUGAUCGGUUUGAAGACCAGGAGCAUCGCGUGUGGCCCCGCCUCCUCCGUGGAGCUGUCGCAGAGCGAGGCCGCGGCGCCGCUCGCUGCCGCCGUGGGGCUGGACCAUUACAUAGAAAGGGUGCAGAAGCUGCUGCAGGAGCAGCAGAUGCUGCUGGCGGAGAACUACAGCGAGCUGGCGGACGCCUUCGGGCAGCCGCAGUCGCAGCUCGGGUCUCUGAACAGCCAGCUGGUCAGCACGCUGUCCUCCAUCAACUCUGUCAUGAAGUACGGCAGCGCCGAGGACAUCCGGAAGCUGCAGGCGGAUCCCACACCAGAGGGCGCUCUGCUCCUGUCCGCCCUUCAGACGGAUCCAUCGGCGGUCCAAACGGCGGCGGACGCUUCACCACAGCAGCAGAUUAGUGCUGCUGAGCAGAAGAGGUGCAUGGACCUGCAGAUGUCCACGGCGCUGCACGGACAGCCGUCUGAUCAGAGCACGCUCAAAUCUAUUAUGAAGAAGAAAGACGGCCGACCCGAGUCCAACGGAACCAAGAAGAACCUGCAGUUUGUGGGCGUGAACGGAGGGUAUGAAACUACGUCGAGUGACGAGUCCAGCUCGGAGGACAGCAGCUCCUCCGGUUCUGACGACGAAGAGGAGGAGGAGGAGGAGAAAGCUGGAGGAAAGGGGGAGGAAUUCCACACCGAGGGAGGAGAGGAUGAGGAUAAGGAGGAGGAAGAGGAAAGCUGUGAGAAGAAAAGGGAGAGCUAUGAGCUCAGUGAGAAGAUGGCGGUGGCGUGCGGCGUGCUCAAGGCCCACCUGGACGACCCCAACGCCGUGAGCGGUAAAGACCUGAGAGCCUGCAUCAACACGCUGCAGCACGAGUGGUUCCGCGUCUCCAGCCAGAAGGCGGCGCUGGCCGCCAUGGUGGACGACUACCUGAGGCGGUUUGAGGCCGUCUCGCCGGCCGUGCUGCGGUACAUCGUCAACAUGGCGGACGGCAACGGCAACACGGCGCUGCACUACAGCGUGUCUCACUCCAACUUCCAGGUGGUGAAGACGCUGCUGGACGCAGACGUGUGUAACGUCAACCAGCAGAACAAGGCGGGCUACACGCCCAUCAUGCUCGCCGCGCUGGCAGCCGUGGAGACGCCCAAAGACAUGAGCGUGGUGGAGGAGCUUUUCGGAAAGGGAGACGUGAACGCCCGAGCCAGCCAGGCGGGUCAGACGGGGCUCAUGCUGGCGGUCAGUCACGGCAGGAUGGACAUGGUCCGUGCGCUGCUGGCCCACGGCGCCGACGUCAACGUCCAGGACGACGAGGGUUCCACGGCGCUGAUGUGCGCCAGCGAGCACGGACACGUGGAGAUCGUGAAGCUGCUGCUGGCUCAGCCCGGCUGCGACGCCACGCUCAGCGACGGCGACGGCAGCAGCGCUCUGUCCAUCGCUCUGGAGGCGGGGCAUAAGGACAUCGCCGUGCUGCUUUAUGCACACGUCAACUUCUCCAAAGCUCAGUCCCCGGGAACGCCUCGGCUCAGCAGGAAGGCGUCGCCCAGCCCCACCCGCAGAAGCGUCUUUGAUUAGCCCCCCCCAUUCCACCUUGAGGUGCUGCUUUGGCCUCAAACCACCAAUGAGAUUUCUACAAAUGUUUGCCUCCAUGAGGAGCCCAAAGUGUCCUUCAGAUCCUCCUUUUGUACUGUUUUCUGCUGUUCUCUGUUGACCAAUCAGGAGUUUUCUGACCCAGUGUUGGAUCGGCCCUCAGACCGUCUCCACAGAAGUCCUCCGUUCGUAUUUAAAGAGAAUCUCAGUAUUUUGAAUAUUUAUCAGAGUCUAGUUUUAAUGCAGAGAUCCUUUCUUUGUACAGAUGCUGCUCUCGGUCUGCUGCUCUGUAAUAUACGGCGUCUGUCCUCUGAGGUUCUAGAAGGUUCUGCUGUUCGUCUGAAGUGCCUUCACUUUGUAUUGUGACAAUAAACUUCUAUUAAAGUGUAAACCCGUG